AUGUUGUGGCUCAAACAGAUGUUUAUACUCUUUUUUUACGCGAUUUUGAACCAUGUGCCGAAGCCCGUAUGGGACAUUAUGCACGUAAUAUCGGACAUUUACAUGUUCUGGUGGAGACGGUUUAUGAACAAAGUACGGCCGAGAUCGAGGACAGUGUACCGGGAAGCUGUUUCUGGGCUUGAUGGGUGUGAGGACUACGAAGAAUGGUACGAAAAGGCGAGUCUAGUGGACGAAUUGACCGGGGUCGAUCUUUGGCGUCGCAAUUUCUUUUCUAAACGGUACGACUUUGAGUCGGUAUUGGAGCAGUAUGGGGCGCUGUUGGAGGCUCUUGAGAAUGAGGAUAUCGAUGCAGUGGUAUCGAGGUUUAUAAAUACAGGGCCGACCAUGCUUCGGAAUUUUGCUGGGAUUGUGGAUAAACGUCUUUUCACAAAGUCGUUUGUUGGGACGAAGUUGCUCAUCGAGCAGUAUCUCGAUAAGGUGGUGGAGACGUUGUACAUGUUGGCUGAGAGACGGACGCAGCAGGUGCAGCGGCCGUUUUUUCAGCGGUGCAAGUUGUCUCUUGGAGCCACGGCGCUCGCUCUUCAAGGUGGGUCGCUUUUCGGACUAUUUCAUCUUGGCGUGUUGAAAGGGUUGUUGGAUAGGAAUCUCCUGCCCAAUAUCAUCAACGGGACGUCUAUGGGCGCGUGUGUUGCUAGUAUGGCGUGCUGUCUCAGCGAUGUCGAGUUGGAGGACCUUUUGACGGCAAAUAGGCUCGUAUCCACGAUAAAAAGAGACACGGUGUUGCUACUGGAAUGUGGCUACGGUGCCAUCGAUGAGCACUUCAGCAUAGGAACUUUGGUGCAAAACGUGGUCCACAACGGUUACUCCAAGGACGUGUAUCUGUUUAUCAAGUUUGUUCAGCGGUCUAUCAUUGGCGACCUGACUUUCGAGGAAGCGUUUCGUCGCACGGGCAAAGUGUUGAGCAUAGUGGUACAUCCAACAAACAAGAACAUCUGUCCCACGUUGUUGAAUUACGUAACCACGCCAAACGUGCUCAUCUCGAGUGCGAUAAACUGCAGCUUUGGCUCGAACACAAUCUCGAAGGACACUUGGCUCUUGGCCAAAAACAUCCACAACGAGGUCGUGGACUUCUUGGACAGAAACGAGCCCUGCUACCAAAACUUAAAGUUUUUAUCCCCUCAAAGCGUACAGGAUUCUAGCGAACUAGAGGCCCCCUACACACGUUUAACCGAGCUCUUCAACGUAAACAACUUUAUCGUAUCCUUAGCCAGGCCGUACUUGGCCCCAUUGGCACUAAACGAUUUGAAACACGAUAUCAGAACUUCAGAGUACUACUACUACAAGAGAUACCCCUACAUCGAUCCAGGAACUUUCACUCCUGGUCAACUCUCUUCCGUCAAUAAGGUGGAACCACUAGCUUCCAAAUUCAAGUACCAUAUGGAAAGAAAGAUGAAACACAUUCUAACGAUGGAGCUUAACCACCGCAUAGAAAUAAUGGACAGCAUUGGUCUCCUAUCGAACUGGAUCAAACGUAUUGCCAUUGACGAAAGGACACCACGGAGCGCCACGGAGGUAGCGAUUGUCCCACAAAUUAACUCUCUAAGCGUAUCACGCAUCAUCGAAGGCCGUCUUGACAAUAUCAAUUACUGGAUGAUGUGCGGCCAACGGAGCACAUGGCCUACCAUAUCUCUAAUCAAGACGCGAUGCGCAGUUGAAUUCACGCUAGACGACAUUAUCAACGGAUACAGGUCCAAUGCACCACAGCAAAUUACGCAUAUUUAG